UCAUAUUCAGUACCAUGCACAUUAAAGAGGUGGAUAUAAUGCAUGGCUGGUACUGAAUAGCACAUUCCUUCUUCCUAAAUCAGUUUUUACCUUCUUCUGUCAAGCUUUGAAGUACUGAUCAUCUAAGAAAAGUUGCCUCUUUAUAUCUUUGUUUGCCUUGUGUGAUAUACUUCAUCUCACCAUGAACGUGUGUUUAAUAAGUUCGUGAUCUCACCACUGUUGUUUUCAACUAUGUUUCGCAGUUUUGAUUGGCACAAUACAUAAUGUUCAUUUGUUUCAAAGUUUACUUUCAAACAAACACCAAGACAAAAACGUUUUGAGUCGGAUACAAAUUUUCUCCUUCAGUUCAUUAAAGGCAGUUUGUUAACGGCUUGCAAUUUCCCAUCCUACAAUUCUGUUAAAUCUACUUCAUUACUUUCUCAAUCAUCAAGCAAGUUUUUUUUUUUUUUUUAGUGUUUGUAUGCUUUUAAGUCACAGACCUGAUUCGUUAUUGCUAUAGUUCAGAGGUUCUUACUUUACUGAGCUUCAAAUAUAAACGUCUAGAUUUUACAGUAAAGCGGAAACUUUAGAAAUAUACGAAAUAUCUAGAGUAUGGCAAAUGACAGACAAAGUCUUCAUUGAUAGUUUGGAAGUUGGUAGACCAAAUACUCUGCAGGGUGGUUGGUCAUCGGAGAUUUCUAGUCGAGAACCUGAAAAUAGUCCAUGCUGCCAUCUAAACACGGAGCUCGCUCCCCGGACAAAGGGACACUACUCCUUUGCGACCAAAGUUAAGCAGACGACAAGUACAGAUAAGAUUUAGAAGCCUAUGAAUACAUUCACAAAAUCGUAUUGUUCUUCUACUUCAACAUGGAAUCUUUUCUUGGAUGUUAUAACGAGAAAAACUAUGCAGACAGGGAGGAAACAUUGAAAAAAGUGGAAAUGGUCUGCCUAGAAGUUGUAUUAUCUAUCGCCCGAGGAGAAUUUCCUAAACUCAGAUUUUGCAACAGAGCCAGCUGGGAUAAUGUUAGUUUCAGUGAAAAUGGAGCAGUUAACCUACCAGAAGUCAAGAAAAUGGUGCAAAUACGGCUGGAUAGUAAACGAUCAAUAAAAACAUUUGCAUUCAUGAUGAAAGUUUUGAGCAUCAUAUACAGACUUCUUCAAGAAAACAAGUACUGCACAAAGAGGGACAUAUAUUACCAGUAUCCAGGUCUCUUUGGAUCUCAGUCAGUGGUUGACAAUCUGAUUGACAAUAUUGCUUGUAUGCUUGAGGUUCCAAGAUGGAAACUGCAUGUGCUGGCAACAUGUAAAGGUCUUGUAGCAGGAAACCUUCAGUUUUAUGAUGAAUAUGGCCACCACAUUGACUGUAACAAGACAAAAAUGGGAGUUCAGAUUCCAGCUCAUGAGAAAGACAUGCUAUACAUGCAUUCAGGGGCUCGUUUUGUCUUGAUUGUGGAAAAGGAUGCCACUUUUCAGAAACUACUUACUGACAACCUAUGUGAAAAUUUUUUUGCCAAGAUUAUCAUCAUCACUGGUAAGGGUUUUCCUGACAUAGGUACCAGACUGUUGGUUCAUAAACUGUGGGAAACAUUCCACCUGCCCACCUUUGCUUUGAUGGAUGCAGACCCGCAUGGUAUUGCCAUAAUGCUGGUGUAUAAGUAUGGUUCAAAGGCACAGGCUUUUGAGAACCACCAUCUUGCAGUUCCUGCUAUCAAGUGGUUAGGCAUUCUUCCCACUGAUAUACCAAGGUACAGUUUCCAGGUCAUUGUUUCUGGUAGUUUGAGGCCUGCUGGUUUCAGUCAGAUUAGCUAUUGAGGAGAAUACCAUCAUACAACAAACAGAGGAGGACUUGCAAAAUCUUUUGGGCAUGCUGAAUCGCCCCUACAUUCUCAUUAACCGAAAAAUAUCCGAGCAGGUAAAAUGUUAGAUACAUAGGAUCUUCUUUCAUUUUCAUAAUGAUUUGAAAGGUUACAAUACUCAUUAGGGCCUGUAUAAAAUAUGUAGCCUCCGUCUACCCAGGAAAUUUUUCUUACUUUAUUCACUGGCAUUGUGGGUGCUGAGAUAAGUCAUUUCUGAUCAGAAGUUUCCUGCUAGUGUGCUUAAUGCACAGACUUAUGGAACUACUUUUUAACAGGGGUGGGUGAGUACACCUUUUUAUUAACAGAAUUAGACUUCCGUGUGUUGCACAUAACAAGUAACCCUGGUGCAACCCAAUUAUGCUGUUAAUGUCAAGGCUGGAAUUCACUUGACACCUAUAACCUAUUAGCUUGCCAAGCAUGAAAUGUGCUUCCACCAUGUUGACCCUUAUAGCAGGACGAACCACGAUUGUGGCUUUGCCAGAAAAGCAAGGGGAAGGCAUUUUUCAUUACAUUUAAGUUCAUGCUUUCUCCUUUCUAAAAAUGUAAAGGUUUCUUGGUCUAAUGUUUAACUUGAGAGCACCAAUAAUAAAAACAUCACCCACUGUCAUCUUAAGUUAUUAGCCAUUGUCUUUGCACACACUUAUAUGCAGUGCUAAUCGUCACUGAAGGUGUUUCUUACAGGCUGACAAAUUCCAGCAGAGAUAUUUGGCAUGUCAAAGUAUAAUUAUGUACUUUACAGCUAUUACAGAGCUUAGAGUGUGGGCAUAUCUGUACUAUAACAUGACUAUUGAUCAGAUUUCGGGUACAGUUAUCGGUUGUGAAAUAAACUACUUCAUUCAACAAAUUUUUUUAAUCAAAGUUCAAAAUAGCCUCUCAGCUGUUAACAAAAAUGAUUGCAGAUUGAGACCAUGAUACAGCGUGGCGUGAAAGCAGAACUGCAAUGCUUGGACUCUAUCCAUCCAUCAUACCUCACCAACAUUUACCUCCCCGGCAAGAUUCAGUCCCAAGACUGGAUCUAGGUAUGUGUUUGAAAUCUAAAAUUUUUAAACACACAUUGGUUUUAUAUAUAUAUAUGGGGCAAUAUUUUACAUGACUUGCAUAAUUUUGCGAACAUGAUAGCCAUUUUGUUUUAUGCAAAACAGGAACUGUGAAACUUGCUUUAUCUAAAAUUGUAAAGAAAGAGUUGCUUAAAUACAUAAACAAUUACCAAUGAAGUUGAUAUGUAGACAGAAUUAUCUGCUAUCAAGGCCAAUAUUAAGCAGCAGAGGUCAUCAGAUACACAAGCACUAUUAAGCCUUCAAUGUUGCUUAUCAUCUCAUAUAUUCAAGACCUAGAACUGCUUUCACAAACACUUUGCAGAUCAUAAGAAAUUACCAGUUUACCAUUUCAGGAAAAAAGCUCUCUUCAAUCAAGGAAAGUAGUCCCUAAUAUGUUUGACAACGUAAAAUCUCU